CCUUUUCACAGGAAAAGUGUUCUACGCAAUCCUACGCGAAUCUUGCAACAUAUCACGCAGUCGUGGAGAGCGAUAAUGUAGAUAUAAUAUAUACGUAUUAAGGUAGUUUCGUCCUCUGCGCCUCGCGCAUUUCACGAUACCGUUCAGCUCAUGGUUGUAGCUACAAACCUGUCCCAGCCCAACCAGAGCAAGGCGCAGAAGUGAGAAAACAACCGAGUGGAAAUUGGCAACACAAUGGUCUCCAUCAAGACAGUAGCAGUCCUCGGGGGCACAGGAAACCUCGGUCCCGCCGUGAUCCGCGAGCUGGUGGCGUCGGGCUUCGCCGUGACGGCCGUGACGCGCGCGGAGGGCGGCGCCGGCGCGCGCGAGGUGCCCGCGGGCGUUGCGGCCGUCAAGAGCGUCGACUACGGCUCGCUCGACGACCUCACGGCCGCCUUCCAGGGCCAGGACGCGGUGGUGUCGACGGUCGCGACGGCGGCCGUGGGCGGGCAGAGGCUCGCCGUCGACGCCGCCGUCGCCGCCGGUGUAAAGCGGUUCAUUCCGUCCGAGUUCGGCAUCAACACGCGCAAGGUGCGCGACACCCCCAUCGGCAAGAUCCUGGCGGGCAAGAUCGCCAUCGUGGACUACCUGGAGCAGGUGGCGGCUAAGGGAUCCGGGCUGACUUGGACGGGAGUGUCGACGGGGUUGUUUUUCGAGUGGGGCCUCGAACGCGGCGGGCUGGGUAUCGUCAACCUCAAAGACAAGACGGCUACCGUCAUCGACUCGGGCGACGAGAAGUGGUACGCGAGCACCCUCGCACAGAUCGGCCGUGUGGUGGCCGGGAUCCUGAAAAGUCCCGACGAGACGGCGAACAAGUACCUGUCCACGGCGUCGUUCAACCUCUCCCAGAAUGAGCUGAUUGCCCUGGUCGAGGAGUUGACGGGCUCCAAGCUCUCCGUCACCAAGGUCAGCUCGGCCGACCUGAUCAGGGCUGGCGAGGAGAAACUAACCGCCGGCAAUUUUGGGGCAUUUCUGGAUCUUUUAAGGGCGCACAACAAUGCGGACGGCGCGGGCAAUGGGCUACCUGAGGAGCAGAGCGAUAAUGGGUUGGUCGGCGUGCCGUAUGAGGAAGUGAGGGCUUCGGUCGAGGAAUGGCUGAGGCGCGAGGGCGUCCUGUAGCGGGCUGGCUACCUUAUAUUUAUGACGUAGAAUGAAAAUGAAUGACUUGACUCGACCAUCCAAAAAUUGAAUUCCGACCGAAACCGAUCCUCCUAUCUCAGUUGUGGGAUUAUGGGCUUCAGAAGAAACUGGCAUGUUCUGGUCCUUCUGGUGGAGCAUUGAUCCUUGGGUAAUUAAUUAUGUUCCAAUUUCACUGUCAUUCUGCCUGCUCAUCCUUUAGUUCCUCUUUCUGAAAAAUUUUCGUGUAGAAUC